CUGGACCCCAGGAGCUUUGUUCCACUGCGGAGAGGAGGAAUCCAGCAUUUGGGUUUUUAUCUGAUCAUUUGAAGCUGAAUCCAGUCCUGAUAAUAAUCCGCCACAUUUUCAAACAUGAGCAAGGAACACUUCGAAAGAAGCAGCUCUGAACCAGUGGAGGACACAGACACCAGCAGCUUUGUGGCAGAAAUUUCUUUGGAGGCCAACUACCCAGUGCAGGUGACGGAUCCACAUGCAGAUGCAGUGACUCUCCACUUGGCCUCAAUGCCCUCUGAAUACCUGAGCCCCUCCUCAGACAGAAUAAGACAGCCGGUGGAAGAUGAAGAAUGCACCUGCUUGACUUCAAUUUCACCAGACUGCCCCAAAGAACUGCAGAUCCUGACCAGCCCGUGUGAAAAGUGCUGCUGCCCAGCACCUCCUCCCAAGAUCAGUGACCUCAUGAAUGACAAAGACCUCCUGGACUUACUGCGGCUCAAGCUGGAUCCGAACCACUGCACUGUCAAAAACUGGAAGAACUUUGCAAGUCGCUGGGGGAUGAGCUACGAUGAACUGACCCUGCUGGAGCACCGGACACAGGGCUCUUUGUCCCUCAGCCCAACCCAGGAGUUCCUGCUGCGCUACAACCAGAAAACAGUCACUGAGCUCACUGAACUCUGCCGGAUCUACCAGCGCAUCGACGUGCUGCGACUGCUGCAGGGCUGGAUAGAGAAGGUUUGGCCCUCACGCUGGCAAGAGACUCAUUAACCAGUCUGACUCUGAAAUAUUUAUCCAGCCUCUCCUUUGUAUUUCGGCAGGGUUGUACAUGUUUGGGAUCUUUCCAUCUUCAUAAACUUCAACAGAUUUUUCCUGAUUUUUCAUGUCAGUAAGGCUGGCCACACAUUAGAUGAGUUUUUAAAGCUUUACUGGUUUAAAGACAUGGGAGACCAACAACUAUUCAAAAGAUUUUUGGCAUUAUGAUUCUCCCAGUGCACACGCUAGACCAGUGGGUUUCCAACUUUUUUGUCCAAGAGACCACACCGAAAUCUCAAGACACACUAUGUAGAAUCUGUAACAGCAUCCUCCAUGUUGUAAUGAUCAUUUAUGGUUGAACAAAUCCCCAGGGCACACUAAAACUCACACCAUUUAUGAACCAAUGCAGUAGACCAGACUGGGGGUCAGACAAGGGGCCGGAUUCUGAAUUCAGGUCUAACCUGAGAGCCUAACAGGGUCAACAUUUAACUGUAAACUGCCAUCAUCACCACUGAGGAAUUAUGGGAAAAAAGCACUGAUGAUAAAUGAUUUAAAAAAGUCAAAAUAAUAAGUAGGAAAAAACAGAAAUGUAAAAACGUAUUAGUUCAAGAGGUCAAACCCAAAAUUAAAAGUCAAAAUAAUGUUUUAAAAAAUAUGAACUAAAAUUCUAAAUCAGGAUUUUAACCCCUUAAAGCCUGUUGUAUCAUAAUUGAUACAUACUUUUAUGAUACCUCUAUCUA